AUGUUAAAAGCAACAGGACUGGACCCAAAGGAAGUGGCCAAAGAAGGGGCGGUUUUUUUUCUGUUCAACCCAAGGACAUCCCGUUUCGUGACCGUCGGAACAAGUAAUAACAUGGUGACUGACCUCAGUCCUGAAGGAGAGGGCAAGUCGUUCAAACUGAAGGACCUUGGGGAUGGAAAAUAUAACAUAAUUGUAAGAGAUAGUGAUGACACGACAGAUAAAGGAUUUUUGUACCUAUCACAAGAGACCAGGGGGUUUUUUAAGGAGAAUCGUCGUGUAAUGACAAGUACUGUUGUUGGGUGGGGAGAAGCAUACAAAUUCAAGUUCAUAGAGCACAAAAAGCAAAAUGGCAUUUACAAAAUCCAAUGCGAUGGACAAUUACUUUAUGCCUCAGAAGGAGGACAUAAUUUCAAAGGAGAUUUCCGACCCGACCGAGCAAAUUCUGAAGAGAUUUGGUUUCAGCUUAAUUUUGAAGAGAACAAAUCUAUCAAAGUUGUGAAGCCGAAAGACAAGUUAAGACCCGAUGUUAUAACUGACGAUAAUGCAAUUCAAGUUGACUAUGAUGAAUUCGAAAAUGGUGGUAGUAGUGAUGUGAAGAAAACAAUUAACAAGGCGGAAAAGAUUACACAACUCGCGACAAUACUAAAGAAAUUAUCAAGUACUGGAAAGAUUGGAACAGCAAAAACUGUACCCUUUGUCAGUGGUGAACUGAGUGUGACAGGAGAGUAUUCAAAAACAACCGCGAAGGGUAAAGACAAUGAAUCAAGCUCGUCAACUGCUUUCACCAUCCCUUCAAAAAAGAAAGUUUGUAUUACUUACAUCUACAGAAUAUUACCAAGAUAUGACGAGCAGGAGCUAGAAAUCACCAACAAUGGCAAGAAAUUCAAAGGAUUCAAGUUAAUCGAGUCCGGAAGUACAGGGUCCUUUGCGAUGAAACUUAGAGAAGUUGAACUUGAUGUAGACUGUUAACUUAUUUAAGAACAGCUUUUGCAAAAGUUACUCUAAUGCAUAAAAUACCAACGAUGCGGAAGUAAUUUGGCUUUUCUUUUUGUGAAAUGUCUCGAUUCUUUAUGGAAAUGUAAAUCAUCAAAAAUGCUUCUUUUUUUUAGGCACAAAAUUUUCGUUUCUAUAGCAUAUUUUUCAAAUAAAACAUUUUAGAGGUUUAUGCUGACACCAAACAUCACUUGGAAAAGUCCCUCCAUAGUGAAAGAUAUAAAUUUUAAAGUAUAAGUUUAAAUGAAAAAAGAGUCAUUUGAAGGAGGAAUGCCCACGGCCGAAAACCCUUACCCAACCAUGGAAUAUUCGAUAUGAAAAGCCAGUAAAAGAAGCUCGACUAAAAUUAGAACGGAAAGCUCUUGCAGCAAAAAAUCAAUCAUUUACAAUAACCUCUUUUGACUAUUAGGCCUAACACAAUGAAACGUAUAUAGAUCUGUAUUUUUUUUAUUUUUCGCAAAGUUUCCUCUGAUAGUUAAUAACAAUGAAUAGGUCUGCCUCGUCGAUUUCGUAAGUUAAAUCGAGGCUGCUUUCCGAGUUCAAUAUUAUCGUCAUAAUCAUUAUCAUCAUCUGAUUCCAUAUCAACUGUCUCAUUUUCUUUGUUAACAUCAGACUCUAAGAAAAAAUUUAAUUUUGACUUACC